CUGCCAGAGCUGCCACCCGCCGGGGAGCGCGCCGCCUCGGGCUCGGCCGUCUGUGUCCUGCGCGCGGCCCGGCGGACCCCCUGCGCACCCGGCCGCCUCGGCGCCCCGGACCCGAACGUUUUCUCGGCAAGCUCGAGCCCCCGCAGCAGAAAGUAGAGGCCCGGGAUGGUUCCGCCCAACACCACCGCGCUGACGCCCUUCCUGACGGCGCUGUGGCGGCUGGGGACGGGGGCGCCGGGCGGCAACGUGUCGGGCGUGGCGCGCAGGUCGCCGCGCAGCGAGGACGGCCAGCUGGCCGCGCUCUACAUCCUCAUGGUGCUGGGCUUCUUCGGCUUCUUCACUCUGGGCAUCAUGCUGAGCUACAUCCGCUCCAAGAAGCUGGAGCACUCCCACGACCCGUUCAACGUGUACAUCGAGUCGGACUCCUGGCAGGAGAAGGACAAGGCGUACUUCCAGGCCCGCGUCCUGGAGAGCUGCAAGGCGUGUUACGUCAUCGAAAACCAGCUGGCGGUGGAGAGGCCCCGCACGCACCUCCCCGAGAUAAAACCUCUGUCGUGAUCCCACGGUUGGUUGAAGCCGGACCGAUUCUGCCUGGCGAUCUGGUUUUUCUCAUCCCGUGCCUGGUGUGCUCUUUCUGGUAGCGAUGUCGUUAGGGUGUUUUGCAGAUCGUAAAGGGUGAGGGGUUAGCUAGCUUCAUAGCACUGUUCCUCUGCAGUCCCAUUCCUUCCCUGGGGACUGCCAGCUGCUCCCCAGUGUCUGUCCCUGCCUUGUUGAUUUUAGCAGCAGUCCUGAGAUCACGGCCUCUCUCUGAGAAGAGCUCUACUUCCCAGACUCCCUUGCAGGGUCCUAGCAAGGUCACGUAGUGACGUUUGGGCCCAUAGAAGUGGGAUUCUUGAGAAGGAAAGGGUGCGUCCUCCACUUCCCUUUGUCCCGCCUUCCCAGUGGCUGGGACGGGGAUGUGGUAGUGAGCCAGCUGUGACUCUGGAAAAGGACAGCAUCCUCAGGGAUGGCAGAGCAGCGAGAGUCUGGGCAACGUCGUGGGGCAGUGUCGCCCUGCCUUCCUGCUCACCCAUCAGCUCAGGCAUUAUGGGAAACAAACUAACUCUGACCUUCGUUAGACCCCUGUUAUUUUGGUUCCUGUCAAAAUAACAGUCAGUAUCUGAACUAGUAUCCUAUUUUAUAGGACUGAGACCAGACGCAUAAUACUCCCAUAUUUAUCACAAGCUUACCCCCUGCCCUAGUCACAGGACAAUUCCACUCUGCCCUUGUCACUAACGCCCUUGCUACAGUGACUCUGGCCUCCUCUUCCUCCCUCCCUCCUGCCCCUCCCCUACAUCAACCCUUCACACAUACCCCCUCCAAACACACACACUUUCACACCCACACGCACAUGCAUACCCACAGAGGCACACACGCGCCACAGAAAUACACAAAGAGACACUUCCUACUCACACGUGUUAAUCUCAAAAUAAUUCACUUCCUAUAGGACUGAGAUGCUGGAGAAAAAAUUUCCACUUCAGAAUGGGUGCCAAGGGGAGAGAGGGGUGCACCUGCCUCCCCAGAACCCCAGAGAAAGAGUGGGUCUGGGUAAGUGGUAACACAUGGCAUCAAGGGGACAGGGCCUUUUGAGACGAUGUGCCCAUCGUGGUUGAAUUGUGUCCCCCCGAGAAGACAUGUUCAAGUCCUAACCUUGGUCCCUGUGAAUGUGACCGUACUUGGAAAGAGGGCUUUUGCAGAUGUCAUCAGGUGAAAAUGAGGUCCCUGGGGUAGGCCCACAUUCAUUAUGACCGAUACUCCUAUAAGAUGUGGGAAAUCAGGUCAUGGACACAUGGGGAGAACCCUCGUGAAGACAGGUGGAGACUGGAGUGACCCCUCUGUGAGCCAAGGAUGGCCGAGGACUGCCGGCCACAGCCAGACUGGGAGAGGCAAGGAGAGUCUCCCCCUACAGGCUUCACAGGGACGUGGCCCUGCCACACCAUGGUUUCGGACUUGGGGCCUCCAGAACUGUGAGAUGAGGAGUGUGUCAUGUUUGAUUUGGGUUCUGUUGGGACGACCACAGGCGACUCAGACAGUGUCCCCCCCUCCCCC